AUGAACUGUGGACAAGGAGUGAUCAAGGUGGAAAAGGCCUUGUAUGGGCGCUCGGCUGCAAAGGUUUGCGCGGAGGGAACAUCACAGAAAAUGCUGUCUAAUACACAAUGUGCCCGACCAGACACCUUGGACAAAGUCAAGAUGAGUUGUGACGGAAAGCAAUCGUGUGAAUUAUUCCUGGAGGAUUUCCGCAAACCUGAUCCUUGUGCUGGAACCUCGAAAUAUUUGCAAACGGAAUUUGUCUGCAUGCCUGCGGUUAUUGUGGUGGCGUGCGAGAUGUCUUUGGCACAUUUGUAUUGUGGAUUCGACCAUGUUAUUCAGGUCUACGGUGCAGACUACGGACGCCGUGAUGAGAAUGUUUGUGCAUACAAAAGGCAACCACAAAGGACCAAAAACAAGGAAUGCUUGCACCCGACUGAUAUUGUUGCCAAAAGGUGCAAUGGGAAAAGCAGCUGUAGCAUUUCUGCAAGCAAUCGCGUAUUUGGAGACCCCUGUCCGGGCACCUACAAGUACUUGGAGGUUGCUUACACAUGUACAUAUCCUGUGCAAUCCCACAUUAGCCUCUCAUAA